CCGCUCCAUUCCAGGGGACAUGCUGGGGGUGACAGCCGCCCGCAUGGCCCCUUCCCUGCGGUCUCUCCCUUGUCCUGCCGCGCAAUUCUCUGCCGUCCCCCCUGAAGCCCAGUUUUGCUGGUAAAGCAACUGGCAGUUUCCGUUUCUUCGGGACGUGUUCCUCAUGAUCCGGCGCCACAAGACCACCAUCUUCACGGACGCCAAGGAGUCGAGCACUGUGUUCGAGCUGAAGCGCAUCGUCGAGGGCAUCCUCAAGCGGCCGCCCGACGAGCAGCGGCUGUACAAGGAUGACCAGCUUCUGGAUGAUGGCAAGACACUGGGAGAGUGUGGCUUCACCAGUCAGACGGCGAGGCCGCAGGCCCCAGCCACUGUAGGGCUGGCCUUCCGAGCAGAUGAAGCUUUCGAGGCCCUGCGCAUUGAACCCUUCUCCAGCCCACCUGAGCUGCCAGACGUGAUGAAGCCGCAGGACUCAGGAAGCAGCGCCAAUGAACAAGCGGUGCAGUGAGAGGGCCCUGGGCCCGCCCCCAGUGCCCCCCAAUAAAAGAGAUUUGGGUGUCUGC